CUCUCUCAAUAACUGACAUGAAAACCGAGCGAGAGAGAGAGAGAGAGAGAGAGAGACGUUCUGCCAUUUGCUCGCAUUCGUCUUCGUCCCCCUCUUCGUUCCGUAUCGAUCGAAUCUCCAAAGCCCUGCAAUUUCCAAGCUCCUCAUCGCAGCCCAACUUCAUUCAGUUGAUAUCUCUGAUUCCGCGUCAUCAGAUACUGUUUUCGUUCAGCUCCCUUUGUUACGUGGAAGCUAAGCUGAUUAAUAUUCAAGUUUUGUCGGAUUUUUGCUGAAAUUUUUGCAAUUUAGUGGUGAUUCUCGCGGAACAUGAGUUCCUCCGGCCUCCUGUGGCGUCCGGUGGCUGGGGAUUUUCUGUUCACGAGUUAAGAGCUGUUGGGAUCUUCAGAAAGGCAGCUGAAGUUGCUGCUGUAAUGGGCAAGAAUGGAUCGAUAUCGGUGCUUUUCGUGUUCUUGCUGAUCACCGAUGUCUCCAGUACCAACUUUGAUCUGAAUAUCCGGAAGUUAGCAGCUUCAGAGCCUGCCAACAACUCUGCUCCUGCACAGGUGCCACCAUUGCCAAACCCUGUUCCGAGCGCUGAUAAAUCAGACUCCAUUGCAAUCGAUAAAUCAAGUGGCAAUAGCUCGAAAGAUGUAGCCAAGAAACCUCCAAGUUCGGAUAAUGCAAGUCCAAACAUUACUGUUUCGACGGGUCCCCAAACCUCAGACCAAACGGAUAAUAAAAGCAAUAAUGAGAAGAAGGACAACAGCAAGAAGUCCAGUCCUCCUCAAGGGGAGCAGAGUGACAAGAAACCAAGUCCUCCUCAGAGAGAGGAGACUAAGAAGAAAGCCAGUCCUCCUCAAGGGAAGGAGACUAACAAGAAAUUGAGUCCUCCUGAAGCAAAGGAGAUUCACCAGAAACUGAGUCCUCCUGAAGCGAAGGAGAUUGACAGGAAAGUGAGUCCUCCCGAGGCUAAGGAGAUUGACAAGAAAACAAGUUCUCCAACUGGAGUUCUUGAGAAUUGUGAUGGUAAAGGGAGGAAGUGCCAGAUUCAGAGCACAUUUACUGGCUGCAUUCGGAAUUUUGACUCUGAUUCUAAGGAACUGGAGAUUUUGGUUCAAAAUGAUGGGCAAGAGAAUUUGAGCGUAAACCUUAGGGUGCCAACUUCAGCAAAAGAUGAUAAGGAGAAUGUUGAGGUACCAAACCACCGGAUCACCAAGAUCAAUAUCUCCAAUGUCAUCGGAAAAGCCUCCAAAAUUGUAUUAAGUACUGGGAAUAAAGCGUGCGAGAUUGAUAUUGGAUUUCAUCUGCCUGAGGAAAAUGUUCCCUUCCACCUUCCUACUACUGAGGAGUUACUGACACCCAUUAAUGGUGCAUACUUCCUGAUCAUUACGGUGAUAACUUUCGGAGGGGUGUGGGCCUGCUGCAAGUUCACAAAGAGGAGAAGGCACGGCUCUGUCGCUUAUCAAGAGCUCGAAAUGGCUUCACCAGAAACUGUGUCCGCAGCCAAUGUAGAAACAGCGGAAGGCUGGGACCAAGGGUGGGAUGAUGAUUGGGAUGAAGAGAACUCGGUGAAGUCUCCAGUUGUUAGACUACAUGCAGGCAAUAUCUCUGCCAAUGGCCUUACUGCCCGACCCACUAACAGGGAUGGGUGGGAAAACGACUGGAAUAAUUAGGAGUUCAAUGAUGCAGCAGAGAGAUUGAAAAGAGAACUUCUACAAGAAAAUCACAGAGAACAUCCCUUGCACGAUGUUCGAACCCGAGCAAAAUAGUCAUUAGAAAGUUUUGUUCCUCUUGAAAUGACAGGAGGUUAAGGUUGCGGUUAUCGCUGUAAUUCUUCUUGUUAUUGGCCUGAUAGAUUGUAUAGUUCAUCACCACCACAUCUCCAAAAGAGCACAUGCGGAUACAUAACAAUACAAAUCUAAAUUCUCCGGUCCAACUCUUUUGUUCUGAAAUGUUCCAUGCCGGAUGUAAAAAAACACUACUUCCCGAGAAGUUCAUCCGCGUUUGUUUUAUAGGCUAAUUUUUUUCGACAA